CUAAUCGCUAUCUCCUUAUUCCUCUGGCCUUUAUAGUUUUCAUAAUUGCAGGGGUAAGCCUUCCUGCGAUAAUCAUCAUCGGAAUUGCAGUUGUAUUACUACUAUCAUAUUAUAAUGCGUCAUUGUGGGUAACGCUAAAAUAUUACUACUUCUCUCAAGACUACUACUAUAGGCCUCUGGGAUUAGCAGCGUAUUACAAUGUAGUAAUUGAGGUUGUCGCGUGUUGUGCCGCAAUUAUAGUUUGCUUAACCGCAGCAUUAAACCCCCUUCUUAUCAUAACUAUCGGAACUGGAGUUGGAUUAACACUCUUCUUUAUUCUCAUCCACAGCCGGUAUAUGAUGAAUGAAAUCCAGUUCCUCAUGUUCCCUGCCUUCAGCACUGGAAUCAUUAUCUUGGCACAUAAGAUAAUCAUUUGUCCAUUGAUAUUCGGGUUUUUGAUCUACAAAUUCCGAAGAAGGCGCUUGUCCUCUUUCGAGGGAGUAGAGUCAUUCCUACAAAGUGACAACAAGCUGGCUCCAAUAAGGUAUUCCUACCUGGACAUAAAGAAGAUGACUAAGAAUUUUAAAGAUAAACUAGGCCAAGGAGGCUACGGUUCUGUUUACAAAGGAAAGCUUCGAAGUGGCCAUCUUGUAGCAGUCAAAUUGCUCGGAAAAUCCGCAGCAAAUGGGCAAGACUUCAUCAAUGAAAUAGCAACUAUUGGGAGGAUCCAUCAUGUAAAUGUUGUCGAACUUGUUGGAUAUUGCGCUGAAAGAUCCAAGCGUGCCCUCAUUUUUGAUUUCAUGCCAAAUGGUUCGCUUGAUAAAUACGUCUUCAAUCGAGAAAAAGCCUCUUCAUUGGAUUGGGAUAUGAAAUUUAAGAUUAUAGUUGAAGUGGCUCGAGGAAUCAGGUAUUUGCACGAUGGUUGUGACUUCCGCAUCUUGCAUUUUGAUAUUAAACCUCACAACAUACUGCUUGAUGAUAAGUUUGUCGCAAAAAUAUCAGAUUUUGGGUUGGCGAAAUUAUGCUCCACAAACAAGGAUACAGUGACACUGACGGCAGCCAGAGGAACCAUAGGAUAUGUUGCUCCUGAACUUAUCAAUAGAGGUAUUGGUUUAGUAUCUUACAAGGCUGAUGUGUAUAGUUUCGGGAUGUUGUUGAUUGAAAUAUUAAACUUGAACAAAGACUUGACAAGGAACAAUGGUGAAUCUAGUAAGUAUUUUCCCAACUGGAUAUAUGACCACUUGAACCAAGGUAUGAACAUUAACAUUGGACAUGUUGAUGAAAAUGACGAUAGAAUCAUUGGUCGGAAGAUGACUAUUGUUGCAUUAUGGUGCAUACAAAUGAGUCCAGAAAAUCGUCCAUCAAUGAGUAAGGUAUUGGAGAUGUUAGAAGGUGAUGUAGAUCAUCUGCAGAUUCCUAAUUUUCCAACGUAUAUGGCAGGAAAUGAAGAAGAAAGUUGGGCUACAGAUUCAAAUGCUUCCAUAUCAUUGUUGGAUGAUAACAAUGGUAGCGGCAUUAUUGAGAUUAUUAGUAAUUCUUGAAUUUUGUUGUCAUCUACUUUUCCUUGAAACAACUUCCUGGUUUGUGUAUUUGUGAUUUUUUUUCAUAAUCAGAUGUAAUGUAGACAAAAUUACCUGUAUUAAUUAGAAUGGUUAUUUAUUA